UGGUCAGUUGCAUGCGGCAUUUGGGUACACUGCCAAUUUCAUCGAAACAGUGCCCGGCAUUCCCAAUUUCAAACCCUAACAAAUUGGAUCGAACUUUUAGCUUGAAUCACUUUCCCUAUUAAAAAUAAAUUAUAGUUUUUCUAUCUCCCCUUUUUCUUUUAAAUCCGAAGCUGGGAAAAAAGAAGUAACUUCCCUAUUGUUGUGUUUUACCCAGCAAUAAACUUCUGCCGAUUCAUUAGAACAGUAAGAGCGAGAAUAAGAGACUGGAAAACGGAAAUGCAGCUACGGUUGAGGUCUUUGAUUGUUUUUAGAAGAUUUAAUCACUCACCUUUACUUGAACGGUUUGAACUGGAAAAAUGCUGAUGGGCCAUGCUGAUGGGUUUCCAAAUCUCGGUUCAUCGUCGAAGUUACUGCAUUCUGAUCCUGAAUCAGAGCCUGAUGAUGAUGAAGAGGCUGAUACUCCUGAACAGAUACUAUACAUGGCUUCUUUUGAUGAACUUGGAGCGAAAAGUGUUCAGUAUGACACUAUAAUCUGGCUCUCUAUAUCGUUGCUGCUAGUUUUAGCUUGGGGUAUUGGAAUAAUUAUGUUACUCUAUCUGCCCAUACGAAGAUAUGUGCUCAAAAAGGAAAUUUCAUCACGCAAACUGUAUGUUACUCCAGAUGAAAUAGUUUACGAGGUGUCAAGACUUUCAUUUGUACCAUUUUGGGGACACGUAAAAUUUGAAAAGCACAUUCCUCUUCCUUUAGUGAUAGAUAUUAUUAUUGAACAAGGUUGCUUACAGUCAAUGUUUGGUCUGCACACCUUCAGAGUGGAAAGUAUAGCACGUGGAAAAGCUGCACCAGUUGAUGAACUGCAGGUGCAAGGUGUACAUAAUCCUGGACUCCUAAGGAAGGUCAUCGUAACUGAAGCAUCAAAGGUCAUACAUGUUGGAAGGAGUUGGAGACCUGUGGUUCAAGGUGGUGACGGUGAAAGUAUUUCUCGCAUGGAGUCCUUAACUCAGGCUCCAGCUGUUUUGAGAUCACCAUCUAAAACUUUAAAGCUGACAGGCUCCCCACGCCAUGCUUCAAUGGAGCCCAGAAGUUUUGUAUCUUCUGAUUUUCUGCUUCAUAAGCUUGAACAAGUUAAUAAAUCAGUAAAGAAAAUUGAGUUUCUUAUCGAGAAGUCCCCAGCCACCCCAGGAAGCAGCUAACAGAAUUGAUUUAUGCCUUUGCCUCAACAACAUAAGCACUCGUAUGAACCAGAAGAAGUUGCUUACCUAGAAACUCUCAAGCAACCCGAGGGAGCAGCUAUUGGGGGUUACUUUGUGCCUCAUUAGCUUUUCCUUGUAAGAGCUUAUGUAACCAGAAAAGCUAAAUUUGCGUAUGGCACUCCAGGAACCAGCUAAUAGGAUAUCUAUGCCUCAUGAUGUCAGCGUUUGCAAUGCAAAUUAACCGGUUUAAGCCAUUGGGUGUGAGAUCUUCCCAACUGGUUAUAGUUCCUCCGCAUGAGAGUUUGGCAAUCUAGAUUUGCUGCAAGUUUGGAUCAACUUUUGGACUAUAAACAGAGAGACUCUCUCUUUCAAGCAACUAUACUUGGCCUCAUUUGUAAUAAGGGACUUAGAGCCACAUUUUAAUUUCAAAUGUGAAAUCUUAAAGUGUUUGAUAACCUAAAUUACAGUUGUAUUUGGAUUUGAUCAUGCCUGUCUUCUCGGGUUUGGAUAAAUGACCCCACUUGUGAACAGCAUCAGUAAUUUGCUUACCAAAGGGACAAAAGUA